AUGCGUGAGUUGUUGUUACAAGCUAUUGGUGGCAACAAUGGAAGAGAAGACAGAGAUAUACAACACCACAUUGAUUUGGUACCUAGGGCUAGUCUACCAAAUCUACCACAUUAUCGCAUGAGCCCUAAGGAGAACGACAUCCUAAGAGAGCAUAUUGAAGAGUUGUUACAAAAGGGUUUUAUCAGGGAGAGCUUGAGCCUUUGUGCAGUUCCAGUCCUUCUUGUUCCAAAGAAAGAUCAGUCAUGGCGUAUGCCAGGUGACGAGUGGAAAAUAACAUUUAAGAGCAAGGAAGGGUUAUACGAAUGGCUAGUGAUGUCGUUCGGAUUGUCAAAUGCACCUAGCACCUUCAUGAGACUUAUGAAUCAGGUGGAUGACGAGAAGAUCAAAGCAAUUCUUGAUUGGCCAACUCUAAAAACAGUCUCUGAAGUUCGAAGCUUCCAUGGUUUGGCCACUUUUUACAGGAGGGUUGUGAGGCAUUUCUGUUCCAUUGUCGCACCUAUUACUGAAUGUUUGAAGAAGGGCAGGUUCAAUUGGGGAGAAGAGCAAGAAAAAAGUUUUGCUCUUGUGAAAGAAAAACUUUGUACCGCUCCAGUUCUAACUCUUCCAAAUUUUGAAAAGGUGUUUGAAGUUGAAUGUGAUGCCAAUGGCAUGGGAGUGGGAGUUGUGCUUUCUCAAGACAAGAGACCAAUUGCUUUCUUUUCUGAAAAGUUGAGCGACACUCGUCAAAAGUGGAGUACUUAUGACUAA